AUGUCUGGGGUGCAAGCGGGGCAGGUGAAAGGUGUGGAGGUGGUGGGUCCAGAUGGUCCUGUAGUUGGUGUGGCCGGUGAAGACCUGGUCCUGCCCUGUUUCCUCAGGCCCAACACCAGCGCAGUGGACAUGGAUGUGGUGUGGAUGAUUGAGGAUAAGAGUAACUAUAAGCAGCUUCUUGGAGCCAUGGACUACUCCUUUCUCUGUGCUUACGCUGUGGGCAUGUAUCUCAGUGGCAUCAUUGGUGAACGCCUACCCAUCCGUCUCUACCUCACAGUUGGCAUGAUAACCAGUGGGCUCUUCACCUGUCUGUUUGGUUUUGGGUACAUCUACAAUAUCCACUCUCUAGGGUUCUACAUCUUCAUCCAGGUGGCCAAUGGCCUGGUCCAGACUACAGGUUGGCCCAGUGUAGUCACUUGCAUUGGAAACUGGUUUGGCAAAGGAAGAGGCUGA